ACAUGCAGUCCCGUUUGUCACAGAUGCAUAGAAGUGUAUCAUGAAGCGAAGCGGCCUUUAUUGUUGCUGCGACGGAUAUCCCGAAUUCGCGUCUCCAAACUAGACAGUUUGCUCCCACCGGCGUUGAUCCGUAAACACCUUGUUGCUACUCAACCAUGAAGUUGACAGGCAACCAGCCAAUACCAUAUCCACCACCAAACAGUUCCGUUCUAUGUGUGCCGCAGUUUGAUGUGCAGCAUGUCCCGAGGGGUGCAUGUUCCGUAGGAACCCUGAGUUCGCCUGAUCACCGCAAGGUUUCAGAGCGACCGAUGUGGCGUCAUUCCGCGCUGAGGGGAGGAGUCGACACCGAGCCCAAGUUGUCUGAUGGCUUAGAGGAUGAUGUCAAGAGCUGAUUGGGUCGAGUGAGGCGAGGCGUUUAUUUG